AUGCCAAAAAUAUCCUCGCUCAAGUGUACUCUAGACACUUUAGCUACAUAUUGCAACUGCAUCCUGGCCGACUAUCUGAAAGUGUUCGUCCACUUGGAGGGAGGAGGGGAGGUGAGCGAGUACACCCCGUGGGAGAGCAUGUUGUGCGGCGGACUGGCAGACGUCCCCACGUUUCUCUACUCCUCGGGGCCCGGACUCGUGCUCGAGUUCCACUCCGGACCGCAAACGGGCAACGCGACCGGUUUUUCCGGCACCUUCAAGUUUAUAGACAGGAGAAAAUUUAUCGUCAACAAUUUACCGCCAGCAAUUUACCGCCAGCAAUUUACCGCCAGCAACUUAUAG